AUGGAACGGCAGCGCCUGGCCCGAGAGAAGCAAAUGAGAGAAGAGGCGGAGAGGACGAGGGACGAGCUGGAGAGGAGGUUGAUGCAGUUAAAGGAAGAGGCAACGAUGGCCAACGAGGCUCUGAUGAGGUCUGAAGAGACGGCAGACUUGCUGGCUGAGAAGGCUCAGAUCACGGAGGAGGAGGCCAAGCUCCUGGCUCAGAAAGCAGCUGAGGCUGAACAGGAGAUGCAGCGCAUCAAAGCCACGGCCAUCCGGACAGAGGAGGAGAAGCGGCUGAUGGAACAGAAGGUGCUAGAGGCAGAGAUGUUGGCACUGAAAAUGGCGGAGGAGUCGGAGAGGAGGGCGAAGGAGGCUGAACAGCUAAAGCAAGACCUUCAGGAGGCUCGCGAGUCUGAGCGGAGGGCAAAGCAGAAGCUUUUGGAGAUCACCAGCAAGUCAUCCUACACACAGCCCAUGAACUCAAGUACACCAGCGCUGCCUACCGACCUGCCAAGCUUCAACCUCAUCAACGAGAGCCUGGCCUUUGACUUCAAGGAUACGGACAUGAAGAGGCUCUCGAUGGAAAUCGAGAAAGAGAAGGUAGAGUACAUGGAGAAGAGCAAGCACCUGCAGGAGCAGCUGAACGAGCUGAAGACAGAAAUCGAGGCGCUGAAGCUGAAGGAGAGAGAGACAGCUCUGGAUAUAUUGCACAACGAGAACGCCAGCCGAGGCAACAGCAAGCACAACACUAUUAAAAAGGUAUCGGAGGGCUCCAGUUUGUAUCUGGCCUGAUGAAAUCCUUUAGAAACGACGACCAAAUAACCCUUCCGCUCGGUUUAGCUUUCACACCGGUUGUUAUAAUAAACUUGUUUGAUCUAG